ACGAUAACCUAACUUAACCUAACUUACAAUAAACUUAUUUUUAUUUAACCUAAAGAUGAACCACCUCAACGAAGCAUUAAUCUAAUCUAAACUACACUACACUAACCUAACCUUAAGAUUAAACUCGCUAACCUAAACUACGCUAACGUUAAUUUAACCUAGAGAUAAGACAUUCUAGUGCUAACUUAACCUAACAUUAACCUAACCUAACUAAACCCCCUAGGUAGCGUUAGGAAGGUUAAUCUUAAGGUGAAAUAAACUGGUGGACGGAUCUUCUGGUGAUACAUGAUUUGUGUUCCCCAUUAUCCCUCACAACUAAUCUCUACCCUCUAAUGGUCCUCAUAAUUAACUCCCGCCCGUCAGGUGAGCGUGAGUGUAGCUCUGGGGUUGUUCCGUGGGGUACCGCUCACUCUCGGUGACCCCCAACACGACUCUCUUAGUGUGGGCACCGACGCUGACUUCUUCGCGGGCGGGGUGAUGGUAGCAGCCAUGCUCAUUACGCCUCUCUUGUUUGUCUUCUACGUGACGGGAGUCGUUCACAUCCAGCAGACCAUCCUGGAGCUGGCGAUCAACUUCCUCUUCUUCAGCUUCUUGUUCAUCUCAGCGUCGGUGUCAAUGUCUUUCUGGCAUCAACCGACAUAUUACUGGAAGGACUACAAGGCGGCGGGCAUCUCCAUGGGCGUCUUCCUCUACAUUAGCUCCGCCGCCUACCUGGUGGACACUGUCCUCGCGUCCAAGAACUACUGCUGCCAACCCAAGCAAACUAACGAUUCCACUGCUUAACAUGUUGGCGGGAUUAUCUGUGUCUUGUGUGAGUACUGAUGUUACACACUCGCUGCAACUACCGACGCACACGUCAUCACACUUACACUAAAAGGUUUGUCCCUCAGCGCUGUCAAUGCCUACGUGCUUCCCCCCCACCCCACCCUCACCGUGCCUAUCCUACCACAGCACAGCCGUCAAGCAUAAUGUAUUUUCUAAUACUUUUACUUACUUUUAACCUCUUCACCACUGAUCGGCUCGUAAACCGCUUGGGCGAUCGGUCAUGUCUCUGUUACGCACUGUUGGCAAGUACUGGGCAUUCACUGGCUCCUGAAAGUACCUGAACCGGCUUCAGUGUUGAAUUGAAUUGAAACAGUUUAUUAAGCCAGAAAAACACAGAUACAGAGUGGAUAACAAUAACAAUAUUAA